AUGUACGACUCAAGUGUAUCCUCGCUUGAUCCAUUGGCUCUGUCAAGCACCCAUGCUCCCACAGCCUCGACCUCCAACGCUAAGCGUCCAAGCAUCUCCCCACGCAAGCCCUUAGCCACUAGCUCUGGCAAUGCACGAAUUCAAGAGUUUUAUGUGACCACACCACCGGCCAAACUUCGUACUUCUUCGCCAACGAAAAGAUCAGUGGACGAUCAGACCAUCGAAAGUCCAUGGCGCAUCAAGUUGACGGUAGAAGCGGAGAGAUUGGAGGAUGAUACAACUGACGCACCUGCUGCAAAUGUGAGGGAGCGAACUACUACGACUUUCAUUCCUCUCAAAGGCGGCGAAGAUGAAUCAAUCGUCGCAAAGAGAGGGCGGGGGCGACCAAGAAAAUCACUGGAUGCGCCGAGUAAAAGGAAAGGAACCCCAAAGCCCAAGGGUGCCGCAAGGCGCCAAACAGCUCCUGGGUUCGAGGGGAUACAGUCUGACGACAUAUGGGCACCAACGCCUUCACAAAGAUCUGGUAAAGCCGAGCCUGAGAUGGAGACCGCCAGUCCGGCACCCUCACCGAGUCGUAGCACUCCAACUCGGACUGUCAAAGCGAGACCCUUUUCGCGCUCGCGAAGUCGAAACCGGAGGAAGGAGAUCACACCGAAAAAGCCGGGACGAUCGAUGGUAGAUGAGAGCGAAGCAAGCCUAGCGGAAACGCCGAGCCAGCUUACGGAAACAAGGAGAGUCUCUAAGAAAUCAAGUUGGUCCUCCAAUUCGAAAGAACGAUCGGAUGCAGAAGUGGACCAUUCCCUUUCACAAUUGCCUUGCAAAGGCAAUGAGACGCAUUCGUCAGCCUUGGACCGUUCUACACAGGACGUUGAGGAUGAGAAUAUGUGGAGACAAAUGAUACGCAAAGACACCGUAUCACCCGAUCCGGAAGGAGAGCCGACUCAGACUAAAGAUGCUUCACCAGAUCCAACGGAACAACACUAUGAGUAUGACACGAUUCUCGAGAGUGAAGGAUUUAGUAUGGUAUCAGUGGAAUCUUUGAGCUCGGCAGAAAGCAGACAGGCCAUCUCUUCACCACAGACUGCUCCAGCAAUCCCGCAUGACCAUACUGCCAUAUCGGACGCUUCUCAUUCCCAGAGUCUACGUGAGGAGUCGCGACAAUCACAUGACGAGUUCCCAGAGAACGCCAGCCUCCAGGACUCGUGCAAAAAAUCUAACGAGUCCUCAGACAAGGAACCCCUUUCUACUCACAACGUACAGACUCCCAUAUCAGGAAAGCUCACACCAACGCAACCAGGAGCCCCGCAGCAGUCUCUGACCUUAGCUUCAGGUAGAAUAUUAGAUGAACCAUCUAAUGGGACACCUCAAUUUGACAGAGUUGUCCGCGCAGGUACAGUUCUUCAGUCUGUACCAUCACCAGACCAACAAGUCCUCGAGAAGGGUGAACAAAGUUUGGCCUCCCCAUUCCAUGGAGGUAACAGAUCACUCGGUCAGUCGCCAACUGCUGAGCGGUCUGCAACGAAAGUGAAGAAUGCGUCGAGUCCAGCCGAUGAACCAUCUAGUAUCUUUGGGGGGUUUUCAGCUGCAACGAGACGAGAGCUAAAAGCAGGCUUGAGACUUGGAGAAGAAUUGAGCAAGAGGGAGCAUGCAAGCAUUUCCAUAAUUAACGAAGCUCAAAGCCCACAUUACUCUUCGACUUCUACAUCGAAGAACAGCAGUCCAAGGACCCCAGAACGGAGAAAUGACUUGUAUCCUGACUUGUCGAAUGCUCAGCUCCCUAGCCCCGCCAGAAGUGACUUUAGUGAUGGACAAGAUCCAAUGAGCUGGAGGGCUGAGGUCAACCCAUAUUUAGUGGAUUCGAAACUUGAGGGCCAGUUAACAGUAGAAGCACACACGGACACUAAGCCUUCUGAACAUCAUACGGACUAUACCAUGCUAGCCAGGGAGGCCGAAUGGCAGCGGGAGCGAGAGGCUGUUAUCAAACAAAUCCAGGAUGCAAACAAGAGCCAAGUCAUUGUCAUCGAUAGUGAUGACGACGAACCUCAUGGUAGCAGCACUGAAGACGUAUCAUCUGCUACUGAAAGUUCAACACCUAAAGUCAAUUUGAAUACCCUUGAAGAGACUUCGAAUACUUCUAUGCCAAGACUCGAAACUCCAAAGCUAGAACAAGCGAGACGUCGUCGUAGCAAACUGCCAAGUCCCUGGACACGGGAGCCUUCUGAGACCUCAAGAGCUGAUUCCGAACGCAAUGAAUCUGAUGUUUUUUGGCAGCCCAAUAGCGCUCAGAGGGAGAUUGCUAGGAGGCGCCAAGAAAGGAGAGAUCAACGAGAGAACUCAGAGACUCUCUCGGAACAGAGUCUAAUCAAUUCAAACAUUGGAGUACGUCGCGUCGUUAAAUCGGCUCGGAACGUGAGCGAAGACAUAUCUCGUCCUCCACUCCAGAGUGACGAAGGCACCACGAGUCAGCAUUCUGAUGUCGAUGACCUGAGCCUCCAGACAACACACCUGUCUCUCACCGAUGGAUCGACCAUAUCUCAGACACCCCAUCACCAUGCUUCUUUUGUCCCUCUGCCAGAAUCUCCCACAAAAGUCCCAAUCGAUCCCGACCUCCUCAGCGGCGAAGAUGAGACAGAGAUCAAAUGCGAGAGAGUGUCAACCAAUGUGGUCGAAAAUCCUCCACUUCCGCCAUCAUGGUUCUCAGCUAUCACCGCACCUCUCAAAUACAUGUUCACUCCAAAGCCCGCCCUACCACCAGCAACAGUCGACGAAGUCCUCGCUUCCUCGAUUCCAGAACCUCUCAGCAUGGUACUUCCCAUGGACGAGACCCACUACCGUGCCCUCGAGCCCCUUUGCGAUGUCUCAACCUUCUACACUCCAAGACUGCUCCCUCACAACCCGCGCUCCAACUCCGCCGCCCUCCUCGGCCAAACAGUGACGACCCACGAUGGCUGGGCUCGCACCAUCACCGAAGCCGAUUGCGGCAUCAUAGACGCAUUUGUUCUAGUCCUCCGUGAACGCAAAAUCAAGCCCGAGCACGAUAGGGAUUACUACUCUACUCAACGAGUCACAUGCGUCGAUGUAAUGUUGGCGAUUGCGCGCAUCUGGAGCCAGCAAGUCAUGCGUGGAGAAAUCAAAUUGAAGGCUUUUAAAGGCGCAAAGGCAGGGCUGAGGAAGCAGGGAGAUAGGAUAUGGUGCGAGGCAGAUAUCGAUCCGAAGGCGAGCUCGAGGGCGUACUAUGAAGAGAAGAGGCAGCAGAUAGUGGAGAAUGGGAUGCCGAGUUGGCGGGAGAUGGGGCUGAAGGGGCCAUUUGAUCUCAGUUGCGUCCGGGGUCCAAGGAAAGAUGAUCGAUUUCAUGGAGUGCCUGGGGCAGGGUCUGUGACGGGAUCGGUCGUGAUAGGCCUGAAGUUUUGGUGA